AUGGAAAAUUCGGUCUACAUUUCCGAAUUUCUUACUCCAAAUUUAAAGUCAUUUCCAUGCAUCCUUAAGGCAAGAUAUUCUGAUUUCCAUGUGACAGAGAUUCUUCCUGAUGGGACGAUCGCUAAGAUUGUAUCUCCUUUGCCAAGUGAUGCCGUGCCCAUGUCUGAUGACAGCGAAGACCCAGCCCUGACCAGCAUUGAGAGUUCUACGGCUCCUCUUGCAGAAAACAUCGUUGAAGACGAUCAAGUAGAGGCUUUGCCUCCAAAUGAAGUCGCCCCAAAAUGUUCCAUUUCCUCCCCAGUCGCCGAUGAACCGACAUCUGACGAUGAUUGGAAAUCGAAGGAGCCGUGGGUGUCAUUAUUUCUUGCCGAUCCAGAAAGCAUUGAAAAAUUGAACGAAUUUGUCGUCUCCGUUCAUUCGUUGCUUUCCUCGAGCGAAUCGAAGGUAAUUGAAAGCUACCCCAUUGCCAACAAGGAAAAAAGGACACUUAUCCAUCAGUAUCUGAAGCACGAGUCAAUCUCAAAAUCUGGCUUCGUUUUGUAUUCCUCGACCAUUCCAGAAACAAAUGUUAUCACCGUUACUCGACGAAGGUUGACGCGCGAGAAAACGCACGCCGCAUCCCAAAGCUCUGAUGCUUGUUUUGAGCGUCCAAAAUUUGUUCAGUUUUAUUUGUACAAGCAAAAUAGAAGUACCAUGGAAACGAUUGGCAAAAUGGCGAAGCCCGCAAAACACUUUUCUUUUGCCGGCACAAAAGACAAGCGUGCCGUGACAAUCCAACGAGUUGUCAUCAACAACCAAGGGGCCAAUAGAAUUUCCUUGCAAAGGCUCCUUUCUCUGAAUAAAAUAUUGAGGUCUUUUGGGAUGUGGGUUAGCGAUGUCAAGCCUGCUGCGGACCAGCUUCUUCUAGGGACCGACCUUUGGGGCAACCGAUUUUCGAUUUUUCUUCGCGACUUGAGCAUCAGUAGUGGUGAGGAGAUUGAGGGCAAUAUUUUGGCGUUGAAAAAUGCCGGAUUUAUCAACUAUUAUGGAGCCCAGAGGUUUGGAACUGUAGGCGAUUUUAUGACCCAUUUGGUGGGAAUCGAGAUUCUCAAGGAAAACUGGCCAGAGGUGAUCCGACUGAUCAUGGCCCCGAGGCCCCCUGGCCAAGGUAUAGCUUUUAGCUUUUAG